AUGUCAUUUCGUCCAAAAAGAUCGGUACCUUCGGUGGUAAAUACUCCAACUACUGUUCACAUAAUAGAAUCUCAUCAUAUUGAUCAAGAUGAGACAGAAAGAAUCUUAACUGAUUUUGUUGAAAAUAGUGAAUUAAUUGCCACAACCUUACCUGAAGAUAAAAGUUCUAAUGAAUUGUUAAGUGUUGGUACAGGUUUAAGUAAUAAUACUGGUAAUGCUGCAAUCUUAUCUCAAUUAAAAAGAUUACAAAGAAAUUUAAGAGGUUUACCUCCAUCUUUAGAAGAUAUACAAAGUUUCUCCACACCAAAUGAAACAGCAAACAAGAAGAUCAAAUUUGAAGAUGAUGAAGAAGAAAAACCAAAUAAGAAGAUCAAAUUCGAUGAUGAUGAGAUUAUAGAAGUUGAAGAAAUUAACGAAACUUUACCAGAAAUAACUUUAGACUCAGUAAUUAUGAGUGGAUCUAAAGAAGAGAAGAAAGAAAAGAAAGAGAAGAAGGAAAAGAAGGAAAAGAAAGAGAAAAAGGAUAAGAAGGAUAAAAAGAAAAAAGAAAAGAAGGAAAAUAAAGAUUAA